AUGUCAGCCAACGCAGCCAACAUCUCAGAGGCGCUCCGGCAGACCUUCUUCAGGCUUGACGAAGACUUCCUGGCCAGCAGGGCCUACCCUGAGUCGGUGCGUCAGAUCCCCUUGACAAAGCUCAACCACACCCCAAAUGAAAUAAAGCUCCCCUUGUAUCUCCCGAAGGCACACAUGCAGUAUGCUGCGCCAGUGAGCGUCACACUGACUCUGGAGCGCUGGGGUGAUGCUGUGCAGGUGAGGGCGAGCAGCGGGGCGAGCGGGAGCAUGGUGUUUCUGGACAGGCGGCUGCACAGGGUGUACCUGGCGUGCAGCGGGGGGUCCAACAUGAUCCUGGGGGAGCUGGUGCAUGGCCUGGCAGUGCAGGUGGCCGAGGCCAGCUUCCUCACCCCUGCCUCUGUGCCGGACUCCCACUCCGUCUGCCCCGUCGGCACCGGCCGCUGGAAGCAGCAACAUCUCGCAGAUGCCUACAACCGUGGGAGGAGGGACGCUGCAGAGAAGGUGGAGUGGGACUCGCAGCCCAUGCAGGCGCCGGUGCACACGGUCGAGCGCCAGCUGACGGCCAUCCACGAAUCCGUCAUCAUCGGCUCGACCGGCUUCUGGCGCCUGGCCAGCCCCGACGCCACCGCACUGCGCUCCCACUUCUACCUCAGAGCACCAGACUUGGAGGCUCAGGCGUGCGAGGGGAGCGGUGGCCGCGCGCCAAAUACCGCCAACCACCUCGUCUGCUUUGCUGAGCAGCAGAUCACCGACAGGCUACCCAGGCCGGCGGGGGUGGAUGUUGCGGCGAUGGUGCUGACGUUCAAGUGGCCGGCCAACAGCAUAAACCAGGCCUUCACGGGGAAGAGCAUUCUGGAGAGCCUGCAGCAGUACUCCGACCAGCAGCAGGCAGCGCGCGCCAAACGCCACUGGCGCCUCAUCCGAACGCUCUGCGUCGAGUACAACCGCGCCCACAGGCACGACGAAACUUCAUAUUUUCUUUUGCAACCAAAAAUCCAGGCGAAAUUGCAGCCAUCGCGGAUGGUGGUGCAGAAGUGGCAUCGGGCGGUGCGGCUGGCGCUGGCGGCUGGCAUGAAGCAGGCGCGGCGGAUGGAAGAGGAGCUGUGGAAGCGCGAGCGCAUGGUCGUCAACGUCAGCCCCUCCCUCAAAGUCCGCAACCAGAAGGGGCAGGAGGUCAACCUGCGCGCGACCUACUUUGACAUCUCCGCCAUAGCAUGA